AGCCCGCAAGUUUCUUAAUUACAGACCCCAGCUACAAAAUAAAGCAUUUGUUCUCUCCGUUUGGGAGCCAGACCUUCUGAUUAAUUUCUGUUUUAGGAAGGGGAAUGAAAUAUAUGCUUCUCAUCCAGGUGACUAAGAUGAUGACAAGCACUAUAUCUCCUUCAGAAUCAGCACAAGAAGUUGGAGCAGGAUUCCGUCCCAAGGAGAAGGAAUUGGUGAAUCAUUUUCUCAAGCUAAAAUUGCUUGGUCAUGAUCACCAAGUCCGUAGAAUCCCCGAACUUGACGUCUACAAGCGUGAGCCCUGGGAUUUACCCCAGUAUUCGGUAGCGAACUCGAGUGAUGAAGAAUGGUAUUUCUUUCAUCAUUGCCGUAGCGGACGGCCUAGCAGAACAACAAAAGUUGGAUAUUGGAAAAACACUAGUAGAAAACGCAAAAUUAGGGAGGAACAGGAAGAGAUUGGUACAAAAAGAAUUUACGUUUUCCAUAUAGGCCGUGCUCCUAGAGGGGAAAGAACAGGGUGGAUCAUCUAUGAAUACACUGCAGCUUUUAAUUUACCUAACCAGAGGGCUUUCGUUCUCUGUAAACUAUUUAAAAAACGUAUGCCGGUCACUGGUGAAGUUGAACUUAGUCGCAAAAUGGCUGCUUGUAAUCUUGAAAAUCAGAACUCUUAUCAGAAGACUAAUAAUUCAGCCUUCGAUGAAGGUGAAACAAGUCAGCUUAUGACCUAUGAAAAUCAAGCAACAGAUUUUGCAAUUCAAGAAGAGGUACAUUCUCAACCGACACCUCAUCUGGGACCGUUUUACGGCUGUAAUGAACAGAAUUACGACCUUAACUCUGCACUGAUUUCACCUAUGCAAGACUUUACUUGUGAUGAUCUUUGUAAUGAACAGAAUUACAACCUUAACUCUGCACUGAAUUCACCUAUGCAAGACUUUACUUGUGAUGAUCUUUGGGACUUCUCAGUUGAUGCCUGAAGUUUUCUUCUACGGGCUUGAACCUCGGUGUCAUUAACUUCCCAUUUCCCGGUUUAUUCUGAAGAGUAUAAUAUUACAACUACUGAACUUAACUGCAGCAUUUGAGGGCACUCAGUGACUUUAAUUCUACAGGAGACGCACAAUUCAGUUCCUUCCACCGCAUACUGAUCUGCCCAUGGAUCAUCAAUCCAUGAUAGGAGUAUGAGUUGAGAGUAAUGUUAUGAUUAGUCUAUAAAGAGUUCGUGUCUAAAAUGUUCAUGGCAACUGAAGCGUGUGUGCGUGUGCCAGUUGCCUUUUUAUUAUUUUUACUUGGAUGGAUUGUUAGUAAAGCAUGCAACCUAAUAGUUUGUCUAAACAAGCUAUAUUGCACCUCCAUAUCCUGAGUACUGAAUAUGUUGAAUUGAAGUUUCCUACUAGUUGUUUUCUACAUUUGAA